GCGGUCUCACAGUUUUAUUGGUCAUUUCAGACUGUUGCACAUGGAAUCCCUGGGUGAAAACGUUUCCACAUAUAUUUUGAACAUUUUGUCCUUUGUUCAGAGUAAGGCGUAGCAGAUAUGGCAUUGUCAACGCAAUCUCAACGUUGCCCUCCAGCGGAGCAUGACGACACAGGCAUCAUCACCACCGUAGAUGCAUCUCACUCCCUCGCUCCGCUUUGGUCACACACCCCUUUCUCUUUUUCCCCUCCUCUGCUCCUGAGUUUCUGGGAAAUCACUGUUGGCUGUCGGAAAGCUCUUCAACAAGUACAAGUGCUGGAGACGGCAGCAGGACCCAUCUGUGGAUUCAAUCCAAGGAGAAUACCUGUCAUUACAUGAAACCUUUUCCUUUUGUUACGCCAAUAACGGAUAUCUGAGUUCCUGGAACCUGCAGAAGGUCUCUGCUAAUCCUGAGAUUCUUGUGGUUGUGGUCUUCAUUGCUUUGUAUGUGCUGAACUCAAGCCCACUCUUUACUUUAAAUGAUUGACUGGCUUUUAAAUUAAGCCACAACAGACAUGACACCUGUUUGCCAUCCUGGUGAAUGACUUCAAUGAAGACUAAUACCUCUUUGGAAGAUUCAAAUUAACUGCAUCCUCCUUUGCUUCCAUUAAGCAAUUGAUUUUUGUGGACUUGGUGGACCUCUCUGCAUGUAAGUCAGUGACGUUUCCUCAGCCUAUCACUGAACUGACCCCCUUCAGAUCCCCGUAGCCCCUGAGCUCUCCGUUACACAACACAAAGCCUCCCAUCCCUCGCUGGACUGCUCCUCCACUCUUGCUGAUCCAGGAUGAGUAACUCACCGGAUGCCAUCUCCCCUGCCGCCGCGCUCAGUGGCGUCCCCGUGUCCAAAGUGGAACUGCGGGUCUCCUGCAAAUUUCUGCUGGACCGGGACACCCUGAACAAGUCCGACCCCUGUGUCAUCCUAAUGGUGCAGACCCAAGGGCAGUGGACAGAGUUUGACCGCUCAGAGGUGAUCAAGAGCAACCUGCACCCGGUCUUCGCCAAGGUUUUGACGCUGGACUACUACUUUGAGGAGGUGCAGAAGCUGCGCUUCGAGGUGUAUGACAUCCACGGAACCCACAGCAUCGGCACCCGUGACGACGACUUCCUCGGAGGAGUGGAAUGCACUCUAGGCCAGAUCGUGGCUCAGAAGAAGAUGGUGAAGCCUUUGCUGUUGAAGUAUGGGAAGUAUGCUGGAAAAUCUACCAUCACAGUUCACGCUGAGGAGAUUUCUGGGAACAAUGGCUACCUGGAGCUCUCGUUCUGCGCCAAGAAGCUGGAUGAUAAGGACCUUUUUAGCAAGUCAGAUCCGUUUUUGGAGAUCUACCGGAUCAACGAUGACGGAACCGAACAGCUGGUCCACAGAACCGAGAUGAUCAAGAACAACCUUAACCCUGUGUGGGAGCCCUUCAAAGUGUCCCUAAUCUCCCUGUGCAGCUGCGACGAGGACAAGAAACUGAAGUUCCUAGUGUGGGAUUAUGACUCCAGGGGUAAGCACGACUUCAUCGGGGAGUUCUACACGUCCUUCAAAGAGAUGCAGAAAAUCGGUGGAGGAAACAAGGUCACAUGGGACUGCAUCAAUCCCAAGUACAAGCUGAAGAAGAAGAACUACAAGAACUCGGGUGUGGUCAUCCUCAGUGACUUGAAGCUUCACAGAGUUUAUACCUUCCUCGACUACAUCAUGGGAGGAUGCCAAAUUCAUUUUACAGUUGCCGUCGAUUUCACGGCAUCUAAUGGUGACCCACGCAAUAGCUGCUCCCUUCACUACAUCAACCCUUACCAGCCAAACGAGUACCUGAAGGCUCUGAUCGCCGUGGGGGAGAUCUGCCAGGACUAUGACAGUGACAAAAGAUUUUCUGCCCUGGGAUUUGGUGCUAGGAUUCCACCCAAUUAUGAGGUAUCACAUGACUUUGCAAUCAAUUUCAACCCAGAGGACGAUGAAUGUGAAGAGAUCCAAGGUGUGGUGGAAGCCUACCAGAACUGCCUGCCCAAAAUCCAGCUUUACGGUCCAACCAACGUGGCGCCCAUCAUCACCAGAAUAGCCAAACUGGCAGCAGGGGAUGAGACCAAAGACGCCUCACGAUAUCACAUCUUGCUGAUCCUUACCGACGGAGUGGUGACAGACAUGGCCGACACACGGGAGGCUAUUGUGCGCGGGUCUUAUCAGCCUUUGUCCAUUAUCAUCGUGGGCGUGGGCAACGCCGACUUCACUGAUAUGCAGAUCCUGGACGGGGAUGACGGGGUCCUGCGCUCUCCCAAGGGCGAGCCUGUCCUCAGGGACAUUGUGCAAUUUGUCCCCUUCAGAGACUUCAAAACGGCCUCACCUGCUGCCCUGGCCAAGUGUGUCCUGGCGGAGGUGCCCAAGCAGGUGGUGGAGUACUACAGCAACAAGGGCAUCUCCCCUAUGUGUCCGGUCAGGAGUGCCCCCAACUCCAUUGCCACCACCCCGGAAUAGCACCUCCAAAUACCACUAAAGCCUAGUGGCGUAUUAUGAGGAGGUGAGACAGAGGAUGGAUGCUCAAGAAGUAAAGAAAACUUCUCUUCUGUUACUUUUUUUGACCUUUUUUGAGCUUUUUUUUCAUACAGCAUUUACACACACACACACACACACACACACACACACACACACUCAUAUACACUCUAAACCUGGAAAGGAAUCUGAACAUGUGGAUCAUUGGUGUUUUGUUCUCUGGAUCCGCUUUCACAGUAUCAGUGCAGGAGCUUCUUUGUUUUGUUGGCUGUCGUGUUUAAAGGUCGUCCCAUGGCUGCCCUCGCAGACUUUGCCCCUCCCCCUCCCCCUGUGUCCACUGGCUCAGCUGCUCCGUGACAGCUAUUGUACAGCGGCUGUUUUUUGUUUUUUUCUAUGACCUUUCUGGACUUUGUAGACUUUAAGCUGCCUGUCUGCUGUAGCUCAAUCUUUUCCUGCCUCCUUCCUCUCUUCUGCUUUCACUCCUUAAUGAGGCCCCAAGCUGCAGAGAUUUUCACUUAAUUCUCCUCAAGGAACGUUUAAAUAAUAGCAAAAUGUAUGAUUAAACAGAAACAGUCUGAGGAACUAUCUAAAUAAUGACUGCAUGUUAAUCCGCUCCUGCAAGAUGCCACUUGUUGCUUUUUUUUUUUUUUUUACAGGAAAGCUCCAUUAAUAUAGUGUGCUUUUUCAAAAGCUUAUUUCACUUCUGAUUCUUAAUUUCAUUUUUUUCCAUUAUAAUUGCCAAACAUUAAUUCAUAUUUCAUGGUAUUACAACUGUGCCUGAGUGCAAACUUCUGUUGAUCUUUACUUUUCUGAAUUUCCAAUACCUUGAGUUCUAAAUGUAGUCUUUUCAAAGGAUGAAAGCUCUUUGAUUUCCACACAAAGGCAAUUAUGGUCCAUUUGCACAGUAGAGUUGCUCUCUAAAUGUCUGUCAACAUUAUAGGAUAAUGCAACGGUUGGACCAUUAAAGCAGGAGCAGAGUGAGUCCAGUAUAUCCUGUACUGUAUUGUGGAUAUACACUAAGAUUUUGUCUCUGUAAGAAAAUUCAUGCCAAUGUUAUUGAGAUGAUAAAACUACAGCAUAUGAUGUAUGUCACUGCCAGUUCAGUUACAGUGUCAAACUACUUAAGGAAAUGGGGAGCAAAAAACACAACCUGAGUCAUAUGAUGUAAUGAACUCAACAGACAGUGUUUACAUAUUUAUACUCACACUGCCUGUAGAGUACAGUUGUGUACAGUUGUACUAUUGUACAAGUUAGAUUUAGAAGAAUAUUUAUUAUUAUUUAUUCAUGUGACUUCUUGAAAUCUUAUUUUUAUGUUUGUUGCAUCAAAUCCUACUCAGACAUACAUGCACCAUUCCUUAGGUCCUAAAGCUUCAGUCUGAAUGCUGGCUAACUUUUAUAAAGGGUCUCUUUUCGUCUUUUGAAGAUGACACCCCAUACAUUUAUUAAAAUCUGGUUGUCACUGCCAUUAGAAAUGUAUUAUUAACUUAAGCCCUCAUGAGUCACACUUUAUCGAGAACCAAGGGCCUCUUGUCGGCCAAGAACUGUAUACUUUGCCCAGAUGACCCAGUGUCUUCAUGCUGACUUCAAACAAUGAAUGUUUCUGUACCUCUCUGAGUUGGUCCAAGUUCCUUUAAAAUUAUAUUUUAGGGAUGUGAGAACAGGAUAAGGCACUGGCUUCAGUGAGAGGAGAAAUGGACAGGAUGUUAACUUGAACUUCUUUGUAUAGAAUAACACUGGAGUAGAUGUGCUCUUGAAGAAUAGUGAAUCACGUUCUCCAUGUUGACUGAAGUAAAUGGGAAAUUAUCUAUGAAUGUUUGCUAUGACUUAUUCGUUAAUUUCAGCUGCAUGAAAAAAACCAAUCAUAUAUUUCCUCCAGAAAUGAUUAAGUCUAAGAACCAUUCUUGUAACUGAAAUGGUAAAUGCAAGCAGUGUGCCUCCUCCUCUCUCUAUCUCUCUCUCCUUCUCUCUCUCUCCACCUAUUAUCGGUGUGUUUCUCAAUGUGUCCUUGAAAGGACUUUAUAGCAGCAUCUCUCUCUGAAGUCUCCCCCCUGCUGUUGCCUCCUGUUGGCCCUUACAGAUGUGCGCUGCCUACAGGAAGAGAACACUGCACAUUUAGAUGAACAACGGUGUUUUUUUUUGGCGGUUUCUUAACAAUUCACGUCCACAUGACAACGUUUUGAGAAGAGUCACAGGCCUGUGCCUGACUCUAAUACACAGCCGACCAGCCACAGAACCUACAGGACCUACUAACGAGACACCUGGAGGAAAACUCCAAAUGGAUGAGAGGACUUAUCCCAACCCCUCCCUCCGCCCCCUUUAUGAAAAAUUUAAAUGAAAAAAGAUGAAAGGAUUUAUGUUUACCUUAACUGACAUGAGUGUUGAGUACUAUCUGAGGAUCUUGUGAUCAAACUUGUGACCUGGUUCAGGCAUGGGGGGUUUUGAGAUGAGCCAGUGAACUGUGCAAAAUGUUUAAUGGGGGUUUGGUAUUUUUCCAUCACGGAAGUUUACUGCAUGUUUAAUUCUGUGGUAACCAUGUGUUUUCAGUCUUUUGGAGUAUUACCUGCAACAGUUUCAGCCUGCCUCUUAACCAAACCCUGUCCUAGUGUGUGCUUUUUACCCUGCAUUUGGAUCAAUAAAUCUCUAACCUCUCGAA